GCUGUACCAUAUGCUGAUUCGGCGCAGACGCGAGCUGUCUGCCGAGGUGAACUCGAUCAUAGAGUAUGCUGGUAUGAUGUACAGGCAUGAGGAAGGAAACCACCUCUUCCAUGUGCUCAAGGAGUUUGAGGAGUAUCCUAAUGUGACCCUGAGACCCUACUUCCUCUGCGAUAGCCUGAUAGAAGCAUUCCUGCGUCCGUUCCGUCGGAUGAGAUACUCUCCCCGGAGACGCGUCCUGUUGGACUCCAUCAACAAGGCUCUGAAGGACAGAUUCCCAAACGACUUCUUCAAGAAACCAGAGAAAGUGGACAGACUUAUGGAACGAAAUCAACAGACGUCGCAAGUGUCAUUUCGCUUGACUGCAGCUUCUUUUCUGCCAAAUCAUUAUCGACUGAGAAAGAGAAGGAAAAGAAGACGGAGAAAGAGGAAACAUUACCAUUAUUCCUCACACUCACACAGGCACAGGCACAGGCAUAGGCAUAGAAAACAUAGGCACACUACACCUACACCUAACGAAGAUAUUUUUUCAUAAGUAACUUUGUUUAAUUGCGUAAAAAUGGUCUUAAAACCAAGAAAUGUUAUUAACUAGCUGUUGCCUACAGUUUCACCCACGACCCGGGGAAACUUCUUCCCGUAUUUGGACAA